AUGGCGGCGGCCGGGACGGAGGCGUCUGCAGCGCGCAGCCCGGGAGCCCCGGCGGGGGCGGCGGCGGCGGCGGCGGCGGCCCGAGCCCGGCGCCCGCCCCCGGCGCGGCCCGCGCGGCUGCCCCCGGUGCUCGCGCUGCUGGCGGCGGCGGCGGCGGCGGCGGCGGCGGCGGCGGCGGCGGCGGCGGCGGCGGGCGCGGGCGGCGCGGCGCGGCUGUACCGCGCGGGCGAGGACGCCGUGUGGGUGCUGGACAGCGGCGGCGUGCGCAGGGCCACCGCCAACAGCUCGGCCGCCUGGCUCGUGCAGUUCUACUCCUCGUGGUGCGGCCACUGCAUCGGCUACGCGCCCACCUGGCGGGCCCUGGCCGCGGACGUGCGAGACUGGGCAGCCGCCAUCCGCGUCGCCGCCCUAGACUGUGCGGAGGAGAAGAACCAGGAGGUGUGCCGCACCUACGACAUCCACUUCUACCCCACCUUCCGGUAUUUUAAAGCGUUUACAAAGGACUUUACAACUGGAGAAAAUUUUAAAGGGCCCGACCGAGAACUGCAGACAGUGAGGCGGACCAUGAUCAACUUCCUGCAGAACCACACGGACGGAAAUCGGCCCCCCGCCUGCCCGUCCUUGGACCCCAUUAGGCCCAGUGACGUCCUUUCGCUCAUCGAGAAGCGAGGCGACCGGUAUGUGGCUGUGCUGUUGGAAGACGACAGCUCCUACGUGGGACGUGAGGUGAUCUUAGACCUGAUUCCUUACGAGCGCAUUGAGGUGAAGCGGGCGCUGGGCUCCGACACCGCCUUCCUGCAGAAGCUCGGCGUGCCAUCCCUCCCCUCGUGCUACCUGAUCCACCCGAACGGGUCGCAUGGGUCAGUCAUCGUGGGGAAGCCACUCCGGUCGUUUUUCUCCUCUUACCUGAGGUCACUGCCGGGAGUGAGGAAGAAACCCAGUUCCCUGCCUGGGAGACCCAGCAGAGAGGAGAGCUCGGAGGCUGUGGUCUGGAGGGACUUUGACAGGUCCAAGCUGUAUACGGCCGACCUGGAGUCGGGGCUGCACCACCUGCUGAGGGUGGAGCUCGCCGCACACAGGUCCCUGGCCGGCGCCGAGCUGAAGACCCUCAAGGACUUUGUCACUGUCCUGGCCAAGCUGUUCCCCGGACGACCGCCGGUCAGGAAGCUGCUGGAGAUGCUGCAGGAGUGGCUAGCCAGCCUUCCGCUGGACAGGAUCCCCUACGAUGCUGUGCUUGACCUGGUCAACAACAAGAUGCGGAUUUCUGGGAUAUCUCUCACAAACCGUGUCGAGUGGGUUGGAUGUCAAGGCAGCCGGCCGGGGCUGCGGGGCUACUCGUGUUCUCUCUGGGAGCUGUUCCACACUCUGACUGUUGGAGCCGGGGCCCACCCGGAGGCCUUGGAUGGCACAGGUCUGGAAGAUGACCCGCAGGCUGUGCUGCAGACCAUCAGGAGGUAUGUCCACGUCUUCUUUGGGUGUAAGGAAUGUGGCGAGCAUUUUGAGGAAAUGGCUAAAGAAUCAAUAGAUUCCGUGAAAACCCCGGACCAAGCGAUUCUCUGGCUUUGGAAGAAGCAUAACCUGGUCAACAGCCGCUUGGCAGGCCAUCCGAGUGAGGACCCCAAGUUCCCGAAGGUGCCAUGGCCCAGCCCAGACCUCUGCCCAGCCUGCCACGAGGAGAUCAAGGGCCUGGGGACCUGGAACGAAGGCCAGGUCCUGCUGUUCCUGAAGCAGCACUACAGCACGGACAACCUCGUGGACACGCACCCCGCAGACCUGGGCGGCCCCGGCGAAGGCGCCCCGGCCCCGGGCGAGAAGCAGGAGGGCAGCCGGGCUCCCCCAGAGCAGCCCCCCGCAGACCACGGUGCCGAGAGCCUGCGUCCGCCCAGCCUGCUGCCCCCCCGGCCUCGCCUGUCCGAGAGGUCGCAGCCGGGCCUGGACCUGCCGCUCGGGAGCCGGGCGGGGGCCGAGGGCCGCCGGGGCGCCGAGGCGGCCGCGGCCUUCCUGGGGAUGGGCUUCUCCAGCCUGGACAUGAGCCUCUGCGUGCUGCUGUACGUGGCCUCAUCCCUCUUCCUCAUGGUCAUGUACUUCUUCUUCCGCGUGCGCUCCAAGCGCUGGAAAGUCAAGCACCACCACCCGUCUGUGUAG